CAAGGUUGUUUCGUGAUCCGGAAAUUCUCUUCUUCUGAAGAACGGAUCCAUUUAACACGUGAUUCCGGUCUAUGUCGAAGAGACCUAAAGAUGUCGUUGGUAUAGCUGCACCUAGAAACACGUGGAGGUUAUGGUAGUACACUGUAACCUAUACAAAUUACUUUUAUAGUGCGGUGUAGUGAACUAGUUGCUGAGGAACGUAUUUAAUAAACUGUGAAUAUUGAAUAAUGUAUUGUUAAAUACGAUUGAACAGACAAAGAAAUGGGUGUAUUUACCAAGAGACUUUAUAAAUUACUUAGAACGACAAAAUUGUACAAUGUUCGUGGUGUUGCUACUACUAAAAUUUCGUUGCCGGUUCGUGUACUAUAUAAAAAUACGAAUGUUGAACCUUUAUUCCAUCAGAAAUGUAUAACAAGUUCUUGGCAAAUAAGAACGAUCAUUGAACAAGCUCAGGUUGCUGAAGAUAAAGAGGAAAAUUCAUUCUUUACUGAGAACAGUUUUGCGCAUAGAGUUUUGAAGAGUACUCAUAAAUAUAAUAUUGCAAAAUCACCAAAGCUUUUGCCAAUUAUUUCUGAAGAUGAGGCUGCUAAGUUAAUUCAAGAAAACUGGAAUUUUAUGUCAUCUGAAAAGUUGGUGAAUAAUUUUAAAAAUCUUGUAUGUUAUAUUCAUAAUUAUUCUGAAAAUAUAUUUGACCCUAAGUAUGACAAUGUUGUCAAUGGAUUGUCCAAGAAUAUUCACCGAAUUACUGAUACUGAACUACAAGAAGUCUUGCGGUAUUUGCAAUUGGUACAAAAUUUAAAAAAAAGACAUGAAGGGACAUACAAAAAUUUGUUCAAAACUUUGGAUAAGGAAUGUAUACAACGAUAUAUGCAUUGGACUCCUGAUGAUCUUCUAUUGAUGGCUGAUCUCUGGUGUCAAUUGGGCCAGUCAAGGAAUACGCACUUCUUAUCACUUGCCCUAAGACGACUAGGGAAUAAACCAAAUAGAUUGUCUUCAAUUCAUUUGGUUCACUUUCUGUUUUUCUUAAAUAUUGUUCGAAAACCUCCUAUUAAUAUGUAUGAAAUUGAGUACCGUUUGGAGUCCUGCAUAAAUAUUUUAAGCCUAGAUGAACUCGGUGUUGCAGCAAUGGGCUUUUUUAAAACCCAAACGCCAAUCAGAAAUUCAAGCAUAAUAAAAAUCUAUUUAGAAAAAGUAAUUGGUAACGUUAAAGAUAUUCACGAAAUAACUUUAGCAUCAAUAAUGAAAUUUUUACGAUAUAACAUGGAGUAUAACCACAUAUCAUUGUUUCGAAUUUGUUUGGAAAAGUUGAUACCUGAAGUACAACGUCUCUCUUUAUUAAGUUUAUUACAUGUUUCACAUGCCUCAGCAAGUCUACAAGUAUAUGUAGCAGAAUUAAUGGAUAUAAUUAUAGCAAGAUUUGAACAAAAUAUAGAUGUUAUCCGGAUGAAAGAUAUCGAACGAAUACUGUAUGUUAUGACUAUCUUCAAUUAUGACAUCUCACAUCCUUUUUAUAAAAAAUGUAUCAAAGAACUGAAUCGUCCUGAACGAGAAGAAGAAAUCAACAACUUCGGAAAAGCAUUUAUAUGUGCUCUACAUUAUAUGAGCAUGGCAAACCUCUACCCAAAGAAUUUGAUUGAGAAAGCCUUAGCGAAAGAUUUCAUUUUGCAAGCAUAUGGUAAAGAUGUUCAUAAAAUAAAUAGAGAAGCUUUAUUCUUGGACCGUAGUGUCGAAGUAGAGCUUCCAGAUUACACAGGACCAAGACUCGAAGCAGGAACGUGGAAGUCAGUAGCACAGAAAAAUCGCUGGACUUUAAAAAUGAAGCAAAACCAAAUGACUAAUAAUGCGGACACCUUAUUGCUCGACGUAUUGAAGACGUGCAAAGAAAUUUUUGGUUUUGACUCAGCGGUUGUUGUAGAUCAGACAUUACCGCAUUAUACAAAACCUGAUAUUUAUAUUUGCCUGGAUGGAAACAAAAAACCUAUUCCAGUAGAACCGUUGUUAACCGAAUUACCAUUUGGUAGCAUUAAAAGGGCGCCAGAAAUCAAUUUGAGUAAUUCUCAAUGGAUAGCCAUUAUAGUGGGUGGUCCUAAUUGUUACAUUAGGAAUACCACGCAAUACUGUGGACUAAUAGCUAGCAAGUUACGGCAGUUACGGCAAAUUGGUUAUACACCCAUUAUGAUUCCAUAUUUCCGAUGGUUUGACUUGCCCAAUGAGGAAGCGAAGAAAGAUUUCAUUCAAAAUUUCGUUCUUACAUGAUGAAUUUUCACCUUAUUUUUUUAUUUUAGCCUGCGCAAAUAGUAUGAAUUUCACUACUAUAUGUAAACUGAUAUCCACAUAAAUCCAUUAGUUUAAAUUA